AUGUCACCUCUUGCCAUCGGAUCGAGCAUGUUGAUACCUAUUUCAACACGAAAUGAGGCGGCCACAGUCCAAUCUAUGAUGGAUGUAUCCAAGGACCCAGCAUCAAAAGUGGUUUCUUCUAUAUGGUCCAUGAUCGCAAUCUCAACUGUGUUUCUGUUUCUCCGGGUAUAUUGCAAGAAGAUAAGGUCACGAGGGAUGUGGGUUGAUGACUAUCUACUCGUAUUAUCAUGGGUAUUUCUCCUCAUAUCCAACGGCCUUAUUACAGAGCUUAUGAAGCUCGGUUUCGGCACGAGCAUAGUGUUUGUGCCACAUAUGCACACUCUUACCGUCCUCAACGAUGUAAUCAACAAGAUAUCACUCGCGCUCAGCAAGACAUCAUUUGCAGCAACCAUGCUGCGAGUUUCAUACGGCUGGCAGAAAUCAUUUAUAUGGUUCCUCGUCAUAUCCAUGAACAUCAUCCUGGCGACAAGUGCAAUUACCACCUGGAAGGCAGCGUGCGACCGACCAAUGGACUCGUAUGAAGCUGUACUGCCGGGAUCUUGCUGGAACGUUUUCGAUUCAGUGAUCAUGGCUAUGGUUUCGAACGGAUACUCCGUAUUGGUUGAUUUCAGCUUGUCACUGCUCCCAUGGAGGACCAUAUGGCAGUUGCAGCUGAAUCGCCACGAAAAGGUUGGUGUGGCCGUCGCUAUGAGCUUGGGCAUCACCGCCGGCGUGGUAGGAGCUAUCAAGGUGGUCAAGAUCGCAACCGUCGCUGACGGAGUCGACAUUCCUUAUCGUCUGUCUCUUUUGUUCAUUUGGGGCCAAGCAGAGCCCAACGUUACCAUUAUUGCCUCCUCUAUUCCGGUGUUACGCGUCCUUUUUCGAGAGAUAUACGCCACGUCAGUGUGGAGAGAAGGCGGAGAGUACCUCAAGUCGAGUUCUCAAAGCACUUUGCCCACCAGUAUCGGCAUGGUUACUUUGGAGGAAGGAAGAAAGACUGAGGACAAAACUGGUCGGAAUAUACCACAACUACCACAACCUAUGAGACCAUGUUCGUUAAUCGACACGAUGAAACGCGCCAGAGAGCCUAUGAGAUAA